ACUGGCCACCAUGCACAUCUCCUGCAGUCCACUGCUGCUGCUGCUGCUGCUGGCCGCCACUGUGAGUCCCAACGGCGCCCUCAGUGAUGAUGAGAAACGUGCAUUGGUGGAGCUGCACAACCUCUACCGGGCCCAGGUGUCCCCACCUGCUGCGGACAUGCUGCAUAUGAGGUGGGACGAGGAGCUGGCCGCCUUCGCCAAGGCCUAUGCGCAGCAGUGCGUGUGGGGCCACAACAAGGAGCGCGGGCGGCGCGGCGAGAACCUGUUCGCCAUCACGGAAGAGGGCAUGGACGUGCCGCUGGCCAUGGAGGAGUGGCACCACGAGCGCGAGCACUACAACCUCAGCGCGGCCACCUGCGACCAGGGCCAGAUGUGCGGCCAUUACACGCAGGUGGUCUGGGCCAAGACGGAGAGGAUUGGCUGUGGCUCCCACUUCUGUGAGAAGCUCCAGGGUGUUGAGGAGAUCAAUAUCCAAUUGCUGGUUUGCAACUAUGAGCCCCCGGGGAACGUGAAGGGAAAGAGACCCUACCAGGAAGGGACUCCGUGCUCUCUAUGUCCCUCCGGCUACCGCUGCGAGAACUCCCUCUGUGAACCCAUCAGAGACCCAGAAGAGGCUCAGGAUUUGCCUCACCCGGUAACCGAGGCCUCAGCUUCCCAGGCAACCCAAGCUUCAGGCUCUAGGAAAAGCAGUGUCCCUUCUUUCCUGGCAACGGAAACUCCAUCCUCCUUGGUAACAGAGGUCUCAGGCCCCCUGGCAACCAAGGCUCUACCUGCUGCAGAAACCGCGGCCCCAUCUUCCUUAGCAACGGAAGAUUCCCUCUCCAUGGCAACAGAGGCUCCACCUUCCUUAACGACUGAGGUCCCUUCCUUCUGGGCAACUCACAGCCUGUUCUCCCUGGAUGAGGGGCCAGCUACCUUCCCCAAGUCGACCCAUGAUCCCAUCUUCAAAUUGGCAGACAAAGAGGCCAGCAGGACAAUAGUGCCCUCCAAGAGCCCAGACAGUUCUCUGCACCCCAAGAUAUUCUUGACAGGGACACGGGAGCCACUGCCCCACUCCCAGAAGGUGGGCAAGGCUGAGGCCGAGUUGCCUCCUUCCAGUGAGGUCUUGGCCUCAGUUUUUUCAGGCCAGAACAAGACAAGAGAGCUGCCGGCCACACUGGACCACAUGGGACACACUUCCUUCAAGUCCCCCAAUGCCUCUGCCACUGCUAAGGUUGUGGGCGGGCGCACCCUGGCUCUGCAGUCAUCUUUGCCUGGUGCAGAGCCUAGUGUCAACUCAGGGCUGAACUCGGGCCCUGGUCACAUCGGGGGCCGCCUUCUGGGACUGCUGCUGCUGCCUUCCCUGGUCCUGGCUGGAAUCUUCUGAAGGAGUCACCACUCAAAGGCAAGGGCUGGUGGGGAGACCCUGGCCUCAUGCCCACUCUGGAUCAUCUCUUCUCCAAGGAAGAGGCCACAGUUUCCUGGGCAGGUCCUGCUCUGUGGCCCAGAAACCCCCCUUUAACCCCAGCUUCUGACCAGACUCCAGGCCAGUGAUCUUGUCCCCUCAGGAGGCCUCUGUAAUGCCCACUCCUGGCACUGCCCCAGGAGUGCCUCUGCCUCUGUGGAGGUCCAGGCCUCAGCUAGCUGCAGAUUGCUCUGGGCAGUGUUCCUGUGGCCACUUGUGCUCAAUCUCCAGUUGUCCUGUGGCCGUGGUUCUGCUCUUCCAGGGACAGAAGAUCUCAGUGCUUCCCUGAAACCCCUUGACCCCUCCUCGUCCCCUGGCUUCUUCCUUAAGCCAUUGGAGUCUGGGGCUAUUCCCAGGAGUACCUCCUGCCUUCCCAGGCUGAAGAGGUCAGCUGUCCUCCUGCCGUCGUCUCCCCACCACCCUGCCUCUCCACCGAAGAUGCUUCUCGGCUGAAGGCCCUCUGGAUGGGCAAGGCUGCAGGGCCUGUGCCUCAUCUGCAGACACACCGUGGGGGCACAAGGCUGGCCACCUGGCCCAGACCCCUCCUGCCCCUCCCAUCUCAUUCCCUGGAUGGGUGGGGAUUCAGGGGAGAUCCCUGCCUACCAGGCUUGGGACUCUGCCUCUGCAGGUAGCUGGUUCUCCCUGAGUACUCCCUCCCCCUACUUGCUGGUGUAGCUGGGGAGGAGGAUUAUGAGGGGCAGAAGGACAAGCUCCAACUGAAUGGGGUUCUACAUGGAGGCGGGAGGGGGGCAGGCAAGGACCAGGAAAGGGAAGCAGUCCCUGACUCCCGAAUAAAGCCUCUGGAAGCGUA